AUGUAUUUCCAUUUCAACAGAGCUAUAUCAGCUUUAGAUGAGUGCAAGAAAAAGCUAACUGAUUUCACUACAAAGCCAAUACAGUUGACAUUUUCCGGAGUGGGACACUUUUCAAACCAGGUUGUGUAUGCCAAACUGGUAGAAGAUGAGCAUUACCACAGGCUGCUGACCUUGGCGGUGGAAGUACGGCAAGUUUUCUCUAGCAUGGGGGUUUGCAUGCCUGAUGUGAAAGACCUCCAUCCCCACCUCACCAUUGCAAAGACUUCCAAGGCACCUCACAGAAAGGGCAAGCAUUUCCCACGGAAAUUUGAUCCUUCUAGUUACAAGCCCCACCAGGAUGCUCACUUUGGCUGUCAGUAUGUGUUUGGUCUCCAGCUCCUCAGCAUGAAUAAACCGAAGGACAAAGAGCGGUAUUACCACUGUGAGAAAGAAAUGAGUUUUGAGCUCAACUGCACAGAGAAAACGGACCAUACUGUUUGCUGUUUCCCAAGGCGACCCAUCCAGCCACCUGAAGAUGGUGAGAAGCACCAUAAAAGGGACUCUAAUCCAAGCUCAUUAUCAUCCCUUGCUGUGUUUGUGACAUGUGCUGCUACUGCACUAAUACUUGCAGUGGCCAUAUCUCGCCUCAGACGCUGAUGUUGGAAGCAUUAAGCAUGUUGUGGUGUGUGAGAAUGAAAGAAGAAUAAAGCUGGAAAUGAUUUUAAGUAAAAAAGAUAAGACUAAUGUGUGAAUGCUGUAUACAUCUGUGAGAUAUUGCACAGACAAAGCAUUUCAGCCAUCACACUGAUUUGUUUAAAAAUCAUGUGAACGAUAUUGUUUUUAUCAUUAGUGAAAGGGAAAUGUUCUUUUUUUUAUUAGUGUUAGAAUGUUGUUAAUUUAUUUAUGGAUAUUGAGUAUAUGUACAUACAAUAGAUAUGUAUACAUGCUUUCUUAACCAGAUGGUUUAAAACUAGCCUGCAAGCGGUAACUUUGAAUGUGUAAUCCUGAGAGUCUCUUAUUAAAUACAGUUUCUUUCUCUCUCUCACUCACUCACACGUACAUGCACACGCACAUGCACACACAUAAACACAUACACACAGAAAGUUGAAAGGCAAGACUCAAGGAAGCCUCAAGUUGAUUUCUUGGGAAAGGUAAACUAUAUUUCUGAAAUAAUAGACAUCUGUUCACUACAUGUUUUCACCAGUUAUCAAUACCUGAUGCUCAAUAAUGCAUCAUAAAUGCUUUGCAUACAUAUGUUUGUGUGUGUGUGUGAGAGAGAGAAAGAGAGAAAUGCCAAGAUCAUCAAAUAUACAAUUGUUCAAAGUUAUCUAGGGUAAAAUGUUUGAGGAAUGAAGGAGAGGGAGAGGACAGUAAGAGCCUGAGGAAUGAACUAGGGAGGGGGGAAAGUGUACCCCCAUACAGUCUCCCAAUAAGGAGGACAAGGGAAGGACCACAGAGGGAGAAACUGUAACCUAGACUCUGCCAGUGAUAAUUCCUCAUAGUCUAGCUGACUUAUGUGACUGGUGGGAAGAGGGAUGGUGGGUGCAGCUAUAAAAUCUCUUGGGAUAUACAGUCUAAAAAAUAGAGCCAGAACAGAAUACAGGAUCACUCAACAGCAACUAACAAAUGAAGUUAUGACGCCAACAUUGGCAUCGCAGUAUAUUCCACUGUACUUCAUGACACUGAAAUUGGUGUUACCUUAUAAAACGGGUUAAAGGCAGGUAAGUCUCCUAGUUUUAUGGUCAAUAAUUUUUUUUUCUCUCUCUUUUUUUUUUAUAGAAAUUUGAAUUUUCUGGGUCAGUUUGAAUGUUGAUAUGCUUCUAACAUUCAGAUCUUGAAGAUGUUGUACCAAGAUGGUGUUUGGUAUGCUACUCAUAUAUUUUCUUAAUAUGGCAGGCAAUGUAAUUGCUCCAUUUUCAUAUAUAUGCUUCCAGACAUGUAUUUUGUUACAUGACUACUUUUUGUCUGUGGACAUUUGGAGGUGAGAACUUUAAGGAUAUAAAUAAUUGCUAUGAAAGUGCAGACCAGCUUUUAAAUGACUUUGAAAUGGAACAUUUAACUUGUUGUUGUACAUGUAUUACUUCUUGGUAUUCCCUUUAGGCUGCAAAACCUUUUCAGUGUUGCAUUACAAAGCAACAAUUUCAAGGGGUUCCUUUUCCAUGUUAAACCACACCUCCUCCUCUGUUGAUACCUAAAGCUUAAAAAGGGAAAAAGCAUCAUAGUUAUACUACAUACAUUUAAUCAAAAUCCACAAGUUUUAAGCUCAUUUUGCUGAGCCAAACUUCAAAAUAAUCUACCAAACAAGCAUUAAACUGCUUCUUUAUAUAAUUGGCUAUAAGGCAAGCAGCAAUAAUCAACCAGCCACAUAUUUGUGUAUGUAUUCACUAGCAAUAUAGGUAACAUUUCUUACAUGAAUUUUAGAUUUUACAUCAAAAAUGCUUAAUAGUUUUCACUUCUGCUGUAGUUUCUUUUUUGAAGCUUUGAAAAGGUAUAUGUAUAUGAUGUCUUGUUGAUACUAUGUUGUGAUAUUUGUGAAAAUUGUUAUGUUAAUGUAAGUAUGCUACUAGAGUGGAGUAUGGGAAAGUUGUCAUAAUUGUCAAGUGUGUGGCUCAUUUCCUGCUGUCAAUCCUUAUACUGGACUUUCCUUUAUUUUUUUUUUUUUUUCAUGCUUUUAUGCAGAGAAGCUUUCUUGGUUGAUGAUAAACAAAAAAUAACUGCAGUUGUGCAAAUUGAUACAUAUCCAUUGUAAUGGAUAAGUAUCCAUUACAAUGGAUACACACACACAAAAACACACAAACACACAAACACAAACACAAACACAAACACACACACAAACACACAUACAUACACACACAAACACACAUACAUACACACACAAACACACAUACAUACACACACAAACACACACACACAAACACACACACACAAACACACACAAACACACACAAACACACAUACAAACACACACAAACACACACAGAACACACACACACACGCACACACACAAACACACACACAAACACACACACAAACACACACACAAACACACACACAAACACACACACAAACACACACACAAACACACACACACACACACACACACACACACACACACACACACACACACACACACACACACACACACACACACACACACUCAUACAAACUGGAUUUCUUUUCAGUCCGUUGUGCCUUACAGAAAAUAAUUACCCCCCAGCCAGCCACUUUUGUAACACAGUAUAUUAACUUUAUUAUAAAAAAAGAAAAAAUCAUCCCCCCCCCAAAAAAAAAAAAAAAAAAUGUGUGUGCAUCCUUGCAUCUAGGCAUGCAUAUAAUGUAUGUGUGUGUGUGUGUGUGUGUGUGUGUGUGUGUGUGUGUGUGUGUGUGUGUGUAUGUGUGCGUAUGUGUGCACAGGCAUGUAUGCUUGUGUGUAUCAUCAUGGAGAAAUCUUAUUACAAACUGCAAACAUUUGAUGCAGAAGAGUGCGAAACCACACUUUAUGUGAAUUCAACUUUUUUGAAAACUUUAUGUGGCUUCUCUUAAUGAGAAAGUAGUAUACAUUCAUAAAUACUGGUUAUUUACGCUGAUCAAAUUACAGUUUUUAUUAUUUUGGUUCACAGUUAAUAGGUUAAUGAUUAUAUCCAGAUAUUUGCAUUACUUUUAUUAUGAGUAUGUGUGUAGAGAGCAAAACAUAGUAAUGAUAAAGUCAAGUAGACAGCUAUUUCUUUAGAAUAGUAUUUAUAUAUAUAAUGUUAAUUUAUUUAGUGAUACUCAUUACUUCCGAUAGUUCACACUUUCAUCCGUGUCAGAAACUGUGCUUUACUGACAUGAGAAAUAUAGCAAUACAAGUUUCACCAUUUCCUGCUAUGAAAUGUACAAAUGAAACCAGUGCAUCCAUCAGGGACAAUCUAUCAUAAACAAUAGUAUUUUAGCUGCUAUUUAUAUCUUUCUCACAGAUUUUUAUUUCCAUAAGUAUUGUUUGACUAGUUACCAUUUGUAUUUGGGUGAAAAAUAUGUAUUCAUCAUGAUCACCACAGAAUUUUGGCAAUAUGUUCAUGUGGUUUGCUGGUGAGAUAUGUACAUAUCUGUUUAACGGUUUUUGGGUUAAAACCUUAUCACACUGAACAGAUGUACUUUUUUCAUAUAUUUUUCAAGCAAAAUCAACUAACCUGGUUGUGCAUCUUGUGUGAUACAUAAAUGUUGUUUCAUUGUCAAUGAAAUAAGGAAUAUUAAAGCAGUUUACAUAGGAAGUAUAAAGCUUUUGUGAAAUCUUCAUAUCUUCGUUAUUUUGAUAACUGAUACAUCAGUAAAAAAAUGAGGCUAGUUCGGUAUUGCUCUGCUAGCAUGAAGAAAACUGUUGUAACUUUUAGGGAUGGAACACCAAAGAAAUGAUUCUUCUUUUUUCUUCUUUUUUUAUAAGCUGAAGUGUGAUAUACCAAUCAACCAGGAAUUGUGUGUUUCAGAAACAGUGCAAUAAAUAUGGUUACUAUAUAUAACUAAUGACAAUUUCAACCCAACACAUUAUUAAUACAACAGAGUUCUGGUGUACUAGACACAGUUGUUUGGGAUUCAUAGCACUUCAUAUUUUGUUUCAUGAAUCCUCAUGGCAUUUGCGCUGGUAAAUUGGUUCUAACAGUUUUUUUUUUUUUUUUUUUUUUUUUUUUUUUUUUUUUUUUUAAUGGAAUUAAUGCGAGGCAUUGUAAUUAACAGUGCAAAUCUUUUUUAUUUUUAUUUUUUUCACAGAAACAGAUUUAAAUCCAUAUUUCAGGUCAGUUACAAAUAAAAAAUACUGGCCAUUAACCACAUGCUGCCAGGUAAAAUGAAUAAAAAAUGGAGAAAAUGCUGUGCUCAUUUUUCAUAUUUUUGUGAAAUGUCUCUGUACAUGGAUGGCUCUGCUAGUGCUUAGCAACAAAGGAAUCAAUUGGUAGACCUUGUGACCUUACCUAAUUUCACCUUUCCUUGAAUUGGCAGUCCAUAUUUUUUACUUGUGCUAUGAAUACCAAUGGUGUUAUUUUUAUUAUAAACAGCAAAAUAAGAUAAUGUAAAAUAUUUUUGUAAAUCAAGGAGAAGGGUAAACAGGCGAGACAGUCAGUACUCGUAAUUGUCUCAUUGGUGACUUAGUACAAGUGUGGCCAUCUAUGUGUUAAAACAAUUAAGCAUGUAAACUCACAGUGGGCAUGGUAUUUACAUACAUGCCAUGCCCAUCGGCUCUGGGUUAACUGGUGGUGUUAUGCUGGCCAGCAUAAACCAUAGUUGAAUACUACUUUUGUUGCUAGUAAGUAAAGUAAAAUACUAUUAUUUCAUUGCUAUUAAGGUAAAGGUAAUUGAGGUACUUUCUUGUAUAUGAAAGUUAGUUCCUGCCAUUGCUAGUAUAGACAAUAUGUAUUUCAUGAUCAAGUACAAGUUAAUUAAAAAAUCUCAUUUUAUAGUAACAGGUACUUGAAUGAAAUUAUAAUUUUGCUAAUGAAAUAUAUCAUGAGAUUUAUUUUACACACUUGCUCAGUUAAAAUAUUCACAUUUUGCAAUAGAAUUGUUGUGUGCCAAGUAUUUGCCAUUACUAACUACAGUGGAGUAGAUCUCAGAAGGCAAGUACCAAGAACUGUAAACGGUCCUUCCUUUUAAUGCAAACCUUUCUAUUUAAGAAAUGAUUCAUAACUGUUAUGAUAACAAGUAUUUUUUCACAAGGUGACUUUUUUUUAAACUAAAAUAAAGAGAAAGAUAUCUAAAAUCUUUCUGCAUGAGUAUUUUCUAAAGGUAUUGUACUAUCCUUUUAUAUUGUUUAUAUAUAACUGGUAUAAUGAGUAAAACUGUUUUUGCAUUUUUAUAUUUGAUGUUAAAGGAAGAUGGCACAUACUGAAAAAUACAAUAAAACAUGAGAACAGAUA